ACACACACACACACACACACAUUAGAAAAAAGAUGAAAGGAAUAGAUAUAUUCUGUGCAUCACAAUCAACAACAUCCAUUUGCCUUAGCAUGGCUUCAUCUUCCUACUCCACUCCGGCCGCCGCCGCCGGCAGCAGCAGCCCCGCCAUCGACCGACACAACCCGAUAAUCACCGACUCCAGAAGAUCAUCAACUUACUCCAUACAAGCCAUCCCUCCACCUCACCAAAAGAAGAAGAAAAGGAAUAAAAAAAUCCCUUUGAAGGAAAAUGUUGAUCACUCCAAUCACAAGAAAAAUAUCGAUAUUACCGACGGUGGCGGUGACGGUGAGAGUAUCAAAAUCACUACUACUACUACUACUACUGCUACUGGAAGGAAGAGCUUCCUAUGUACCAAGCCAGGUGAUUUUAUCACCCCUUCACCUGGCUCUUCUACUAGGUUCUUGUUGAGUACCGAUCAAAACCUCGUCCUCAACGACUCCGAUUUCGUUCCGUCGCUCAAAUCGGAAACUCCCAUUGCUAAUUAUACGAAACCACCCUCCUUUUCAUCUGCUUCUUCUACUGAUCAUGAUCAGGUGGUUGUACUAAGAGUGUCUUUGCACUGCAGAGGAUGUGAAAGGAAAAUGAGAAAGCAUAUUUCAAGAAUGGAAGGAGUGAAAUCUUUCAACAUAGACUUUGCAGCAAAGAAGGUGACUGUCACCGGAAAAGUAACUCCGGUGGAGGUGCUCUCGAGUAUAUCGAAGGUCAAGAAUGCCCAACUUUGGCCUCCCACAAUUUCUUCAGCCACUCCACCACCGCCGCCGCCGCCUCCUCCACCGCCGCUCAAUCGGAGUAACUCAAUAGAAUUCGAGAAUAAAGGAGAUGGUGCAUAUCAUGUUACAGAUAAACGGUUCUUGUUUUAAUUAAGAAAUAAAAAAGUGUGUGGUGUAAUUUCAUUUCAGUGCUGCGAGAAUUUGGAUCGAGUGUAUUAAUUUUAUAUUAGAUUUGGUUUUGAAGUUAAAGUUUGAUAAAUAGAUUGCUUAUGCAUAUGUUGUAGGUGGUAUAAUAUUGAAAGUUCAUGUGUGGCACCCUCGUGUUCUUUUUUCUUUUUUUCA